AAACUGGGUAAAAAUGCAGUGCGACGAUGUGACUUGGAACAUUCUCAACAAGGGACAAUGCGCCUACAAAGCGUGGACAAAGCCAAAAAUGUUCUGUAAAAAUGAAAUGAAUUUGACUGGUUUGUGCAACAGAGCUUCGUGUCCAUUGGCUAACUCACAGUAUGCAACAGUUCGUGAGGAGAACGGAGUAUGUUACUUGUACGCAAAAGUUGUCGAACGAUCUCACUAUCCACGUCGUUUAUGGGAAAAGACAAAGUUGUCAAAGGAUAUGAACAAAGCAUUGGAACAAAUCAGUGAUCAACUUCUUCAUUGGAGUGAAUAUGUUAGACACAAGUGCAAAGCUCGUCUCAUCCGAAUUCAUCAAUAUUUGAUCAGAAUGCGUAAAAUGGCAGUCCGUGGAAACCAGAAGAAACUCAUUCCAAUUGGACGGAAAGUGGAAAGACGUGAGAAACGUCGUGAAGAGAAGGCACUUGUUGCAGCUAAACUUGAUCACGCUAUUGAGAAAGAGCUCUUAGCCAGACUUAAACAAGGAACAUAUGGCGAUGUUUACAACUUCCGUCAAGAGGCAUUCGAACAAAUGCUGGAAAACACUGAAAAAGAGUUGGAAGUGGAGCAAGAACUCGAGCAGGACGACGCAGACACGGGUGAGACUCAGUUCGUCGCUGACUUUGAUAGUUCCGACGAUGAGGAUCAGGACAUGGAAGACGGAGGUGAUGGACAUUGGUCACCAGGAGAUACUGACAGUGAGAACGAGGAUAAUUGGCAGCCAGAACAAGAACAAGAGGAUUCGGAUGAAGAUGAUGAGGAAGGAGGUGAUGAGCCAAUGGAAAUUGAGGAGCCACCAAAGAAGAAGGUAAAGAAGGAGCCGAAGAAAAAGACUGGGAAGAAAGCUGCUGAUGGAAAGAAGAAGAAGCUCAAGAAACGAGCUCAUGUUGAGAUUGAAUACGAAGAAGAAACGGAGCCACGACAAAGGGUCAAGGCAUAAAACUUCGCAUUCCAUUUUGUCUGUUAUCGUUAUUUUUGUUCUUUUCUUUUAUUCGCCCUCUUCCAAUUGUGUUGUUGUUAUUUGCUUUUUAAUUUUUAACUCUUUUACCCAAAAAUUCAAAUGAAAAUUGUUACU